GUCGGGCAGGGGGCCUGCCACGGGUCCUUCCGAGGGUGACAUUCAGCCGGCGGUUCGAGGAGACGGACCUUCCACCCUAGACGAUGGCCAAGUUCGUCCGUAACUUCGCGGAGAAGGCCCCGGGGCUAGUAGCCGCUGCGGUGACUUACUCGAAGCCUCGAUUGGCUACAUUUUGGCGGUACGCCAAGGUUGAGCUGGUUCCCCCAACCCCUGCUGAACUCCCUGCAGCUAUUCAGAGUGCGAGAAAAAUAAUUCAAAGUGCUAAAACUCGUAGCUUCAAACAGCUUACAGUUAAGGAAGCUGUGCUGAAUGGUUUGGUGGCCACUGAGGUAUGGAUGUGGUUUUAUGUCGGAGAGAUCAUAGGCAAACGUGGCAUCGUUGGCUAUGAUGUUUGAAGACUGAUCUUUAACAUCUGAUUUUAUUUGAGUUCCUAUUUGAAUGUUCUUGGACCACAUGUAAUGAGACUGCUAUUGAAUAAAAUAUUAGCUGUCGAA